AUGAUGUUCUGGGGUCGAGGCAGCAAUUCCUCCACAACGUUCAACACAGAGCACACCACAUUGUCACGCCAGUCAGCUCAAAAUGAACACAUUCCGGUGAAUUCAACCAUACCAGUUGCUCCGUCGUACGUGCUCUCUGACCAACGUCGCAAUGAGUUGUUGACGGCUGCACGAACAAAUCGCAUGACUUGGGUCGACGGCGUGGAUCAGCGCACAAUUGACGUUAAAAUUCCUAGUACUUUAUCGUCUUUGACCAUUCCAAGCCACUGUCACGAUGCUUUAAAAGGAAUUAACGAAGAAAUGACCAAGCUUUUCACAAGCUUAGACGACUUAAAGCACAAAAUUCUGCCAAACGAUCUCCAGUUAUCUGAGGAUGCUCAAUCAGAUUCGAAUACACAGAGUUAUAAGCGAUACCGAACAUUAUUUCAAGAAUUACGCGAGCACGAAACAUUACUUGAUCAAUGGCAGCGCUCGCACAGUCCGCGAACUAAAUUGCUUACGGGUCAUGAUCGAGAAAUGGCAUUUUUGGCUGGUUUUCGAGAGCUUGUGACGGUGCUAAAGAGUGCUCAAGCGGCAGAAUUAGUUUACCGCAUUCAGUCAUUUGUGAAGCGAGCAGAGUUGUGGGAUCUGCAGUCUAUGCUCCGAGCAGUUUCUACAAGAGAUCGACCUGGAGGAAAGGUACAAGACUUUAUCAAAAACUUGAUUGAGCAGAUCAAGCACAGCCAAAAGCUCCGAGUUUUGAUUCAAGGAGAUGACGAAAAGCUAAAAAAGCAUGGAACGUUUCUUCAUGUACGAGAUUCGAAUGGAGAAGAUCUAUUGCAUGAAGUGUUAGAGGCUUUUUUGAUGGAAAAAUUGUAUACGAAGACUUUGAGCCCGUCAAAGGAAGUGGUUGAACAAGACAAAGCCUUUCAUGAACGUGUCAGUUUGUUGGGUUUCGUUACGUAUAAGCAUCUGGAUUUACCUGUACCAACUACCGAAGAACACGAGCUGACGUGGUCACGGCUAGCAAAGCAACUUGAAGCCAUGACGUUGUGUCCAAGUCCUCGUCGCAAGAUAGAUGGCGUGCUUCAAAUCUGUCAAGACCUGACUACAUUUUUAAAAGCGCAAAAUGGUGGAAGGUUUCCAUCAGCCGACGAAUUUCUGCCAGCAAUGAUAUAUGUUGUAUUGCGUGCCAAUCCGUGCGAACUGAAGCGUAAUGUGGCUUUUAUAUUAGAAUAUCGAAAUCCGGCAAAGCUGGUAUCGGAGCCUGGAUACUUUUUCACACAUUUAGUCUCGAGUGUAGCUUUUCUAGAAGAAGUCGAUGGUUCAUGCCUUACCAUUUCGUCGGAUGAGUUUGAUGAAGAAUUACGUCGAAGCAAAGAAAGUGUACGAUUGCGAAAAUUUUGUCAGAAAAUAAAGGAUGAGGAGAGUAUAGAGAGUGGCAGCAAAAGUGAUACUUCUAACGCCUCGAUUAAGGAAAGUCAAGUACUCAGUCACCCUUCCAAUCAUACAGGAGAAGGUGACGAAUUUAGAUUGCCAACGGUUCUUGAAAUUCGUGCGAGGCGCAUGAAUUUGUAA